AUGACAAAUUAUUCAAUCAAGGUACACUUUUUACAAUAUUUUUUGUGUUACAACAUAACCGGCCUCCCCGUUUGCCCUCGAUUACAUUUUCACGUGGUAGGAGAAGGAGUCGUUAGAGUUAAAGGAGCACGAACGGAACGAACGUACGAUAGAGAAAAUUACAUAGAUUUUCGUAUGAGACUUCUCGGGGAGCCAGGUCAGGGUCCUGUAAUACUUUCUCCGGGAAUUCACAGUUUUCCAUUUAAAUUAGGAUUACCUUUGGGACUUCCUUCGACGUUUUUAGGCAAACACGGAUGGGUUCAAUAUUUUUGUAAAGCUGCCCUAAGAGAACCCAACGGUUUAACACAUAAAAAUCAACAAGUAUUGAUCGUUAUUAAUCCGAUCGACCUUAAUUUAGAACCGCCAACUUUAGCCCAACCGUUUCGAUGCGAAAUCGAACAUAAAUUGGGUGUUAGUUGUAUGAAUUCCGGCCCUGUUUCUUGUCGCGUGUCAUUAGAUAGAGGAGGUUACGUUGCUGGAGAAACAAUCGGUAUAUCUGCAACGAUCGUUAAUAAAAGUAAAGUCACGAUUAAAUCAACAAAAGCAUCUCUAACCGAGACCAUUCAAUAUAUGGCCAAAGAAAAAGUUAUUUAUUCGGAAACUAGAGAGUUAGCUUCACUCAGUCGUGGUAAAAUACGUUCUGGAGAAUCCGACGAAUGGAAAAACGAACAACUUUACGUUCCUCCACUUCCUCCGACGAAUCUUCGAGGAUGUCAUUUAAUUAAAAUUCAAUAUGACGUUUUCUUUAUAUUAACUCCGAAAUCAUUCGAAAAGGAAAUCAAGCUUCAGUUACCCAUUGUUAUGGCAACGUAUCCUCUAAGAGCAUCAGAAGGUACAUUAAAAAAGAAACAAGGUACUCAUUAUCCAUCGACACUACCAAUAUUUCGACCGUGGCUAGACGAGAAAACAUUUGAAUAA